CUGUCAUUCUGUCGUAAUCUGUGGUAUGAUCAAUUAUUAUUAUUAUUACGGUCAGGUCAGUCAAUAUUCCAAGUAGAAAAAUGGCAAAUACACUGCUUGGUUCAAUUUUGAGAAAAUCUCCUAUAUCCAAUUUGUUAUUAAAAAAUAGUAGAGCAUUCAUAUCUACCAGUUCUGAUAGAAAACAUAAAUGGUAUCCCGACCCCGAAUGGAUUUCUCAGUUUGAUGGACCUUUAAUGUACCCUGAUGAAGUCACUAAACAUUGGAAAUUACCUACAUAUGCAGAAAAAUUGUGCCCAACAGAAAAAGAAUGCAAGAAUAUUGUUCUGAAUUUUGGUCCUCAACACCCUGCUGCUCAUGGUGUACUUCGGUUGGUUUUAGAAUUGGAUGGAGAGAUUGUCAAGAAAGCAGAUCCUCAUAUUGGCCUUCUACAUCGUGGAACAGAGAAAUUGAUUGAAUACAAAACGUAUACUCAGGCUCUGCCAUAUUUUGAUCGUCUUGAUUAUGUAUCUAUGAUGUGUAAUGAACAAUGUUACAGCUUGGCUGUUGAAAAGUUGCUUAAUAUUGAAGUUCCCCUUAGGGCCAAAUAUAUAAGAGUACUUUUUGCUGAGAUUACUAGAAUUUUGAACCAUUUAAUGGCUGUGAGUACACAUAUUUUGGAUGUUGGUGCUAUCACUCCUCUCUUUUGGCUGUUUGAAGAGAGAGAAAAACUAAUGGAGUUUUAUGAAAGAGUAUCUGGAGCUAGAAUGCAUGCAGCUUAUAUAAGACCUGGGGGAGUAUCUUUGGAUUUACCAAUUGGUAUUAUGGAUGACAUUCAUGACUGGGCAAUGAGAUUUAAUGAGAGAUUAGAUGAGGUUGAAGAUGUUGUUACAAACAACCGACUUUGGAUUCAGAGAACUGAAAAUAUUGGAACUGUUUCUGCAGAGGAUGCAUUGAAUCUUGGAUUCAGUGGGGUUAUGCUUAGAGGUUCAGGUAUCAAAUGGGACCUGCGUAAAGUUCAACCAUAUGAUGCCUAUGAUUUAGUCGAGUUUGAUGUACCAAUUGGAGUAAAAGGGGAUUGUUACGAUAGAUACUUGUGCAGAGUUGAAGAAAUGAGACAGUCUCUUAGAAUUAUUGAUCAGUGUUUGAACAAAAUGCCUGCUGGGGAAGUAAAAACGGACGAUGCCAAAGUAACACCUCCUAGUAGAGCAGAAAUGAAGACCUCUAUGGAAGCUUUGAUUCAUCAUUUUAAACUGUUCACACAAGGAUACCAAGUACCUCCAGGAUCAACCUAUACAGCUAUUGAAGCUCCUAAAGGAGAAUUUGCUGUUUAUUUAGUAUCUGAUGGAAGUUCAAGACCAUACAGGUGUAAAAUUAAAGCGCCAGGAUUUGCUCAUUUGGCUGCUUUAGAAAAAAUUGGAAAGAACCAUAUGUUAGCUGAUAUUGUGGCUAUUAUUGGUACUUUGGAUGUUGUGUUUGGUGAAAUUGAUAGAUGAAUACAAAAAACAUAAUAAUGCAUUAUACUUUUUUGAAAGUAUCAAUAGACAAUAUUGAUGAUUAAAUUGAUUAAAUUUCAGUUUGAAAUUUAUUUUGAUUGAUUGUAUAUAAUAAAUGAAUCUUACUUUCGAA